AUGUUCGGCGGCAGCAUCCGGCUUGUAGGCGCAAUGAUCAACGCCUCGUUAGGGGACUUGCAACUGCGAAGCGAGGUCGUUGGAAUUGAACAUGGCCAACAUCGACGCUACAAACUCUCACUCUCGGAUGCAUCAGAUCUCGCAUUACUUGAAGACCGAGAGUUUGAUGUAGUUGUGCUGGCGGGUCUGGUUCAUGAGAGUCCACUACUUGACAGCCUCCAAAAGCUAGGCUCGCUGCCGAAGAACCUCUUAUCACCACCAAGUUAUACCUCAGCGCACGUUACCUACUUUGCUACGGAGCAUGCCUUCAGACCGGAAUAUCUCAACUUAUCCGCUGACUUCGACAUCCCAGAUCGCCUUCUAACGACAUCUGCGGAGUCCAGCCUGAUCUCGCUAUCUAUGUGGGACGAUAUGGGCUUUUACUGGGAAGACCGACUUCGGCGCAAGGAGCCUUGGGUUGAACGACCUGAUCAUUACGACAGCGAUGAAUGCGGGAACCGUAAGUUUGAAUACGAAAACCUGUACCGUAUAGCGUCUCUAGAGUAUAUCUCAGAAGGCAAGCUUGCUGCAAUGAUUGGAAAGGAUUGGGAGGAGGGACAGAAUGCGACGGACAUCGGGUUCAGCUGGAUUCAUCGACAAGAAUGGAGCAAAGCGUUUGCGGAAUUUGAUGACGGCAGGGGUGUAUCAGGAGACAUUCAGGUAGCUGAGGGUGUCUUCUGGCUUGGUGGUGGCGACGAAGUAACGUCAUCACUUGAGAUGAGUUGUAACAUGGGAAGGAAUGUUGCGUCCCUGAUACAAGACCGGGCAACGACAACAAGUGCUGGUCAUGGCGAACUGUAUGCACAGAACGUUGGUAUCGAGACUACCCCCAUAUUCAAGAACUCGCAAUGUAGUGCAGAACAAGAGCGUAUCAUCCGUCAAGCGUGGUUGGAUGGCGUAAUGCUCGCUAAUGCGGCCUUUGACGAUAGCGACGAACUCCUUCCGAAUACCGGCGGCGGGCACAAGAUCAUCAACUUCGAUACUCGAGCGGCAAUUGAAUAUUGGGGUCCACCGAGCGAAAACCUUGGAUACCGACAGCGAAUCUAUGAUACAUUUUACCGCGCCACUCAAGCGUCAUGGGGGCGGGGUUGGGCCGACUGGUGGUUUGAACGCUAUAUCGAAAUGCACUGCGACGAUCCGGAGCCGAAACAGUGUGACGAUUCGACUUCUGCUUACUACAUGCCCACGAAAAAAGGUUCGUGGACAUACGACGGUAUCAACUUUUGCCCGGCAUUCUUCUCCACUCUCAAGGACCACGCGGAAUUGGAGAAGAGAAUCAUCGCCGACCCGACUGGCCAAUUAAGGCUAAACACCAGGAAUAUGCGAAGCAGAGGUCACGACACCAAGCAAAUGAUAGGCGGCAAGGCAAUCUUCACGUACAAGUCUGGCCGCGCAAAACUACUGGCGGCGAGGGACGUUCAGGCUGCGGCCGAAACCAACGAUAACUAUGUCUAUUUUGCCAUCGCGCGGUACAUGCAAAAGAAGUUUGGGGUCUACCCCGCGUACCCACGCAUAUGGAGUCCUGAAAAAACGAAGGCAGAGAACCAGGCGAUUGAGAACGGCGAACCGGGCGCCCCAAGCCGUUACAAUAUGGCGUUUGAGUUGGAAGAUGUCGACCUCGAUGGCGGCGCCAGUGAAGCGAUUUCGGAUAAGCAGUACAAGACGUCGAUCUACCCAGAGUGGUACCAACAAGAAUCGCCUGUUGAGCCUGACUUUGGCAGGCUCGCCUUCUCCCAUCCCAAUAUAGACGACGUCGUUUGCCAGACCACGAGCGAGUCUGCCCAGUACGAUGAUUGUGUAGCUGCUUUUGCGACGCUGGAGGGUCUCGAUCGGAACAAGGUUCAGCUGGUUCAUAAGAGGCCCGGCGAAAGGUGGUGGCCGAAUGCGGUUACGACGUGUGCGGUUCAAGUCCACUACAAGGGCGACUGGUCAAAGUGCGAGGCUUCGCUGUCGGAUGUAUGGGCUCACGCUAAGGAUGUCUUUGAGGGGUGCCAUGGCGAGUAUGGGACGGUGGGUGGCUAUGUUCCUUUCGGUGUGCCGAAUUGUCCUGCGACGAUUGAUCUCGUGUCCAGUCGUCAGUGGAGCAAUCCAGAUCCGUUCUAG